AGUUACAACAUCGUUUCUUCAAUGCCCUAAAUUUUGGUUGUGAUUUUUUCCAACUUCCGCUUUAUUUCCACAAAAUAUGUUCAACACAAGAUGGAAGGUGUUCAUAUUUUUGGCACUAUGCUAUCGAAUAUCACAUGGAGAAGAGUUGGAUAAGAAAAAGUUACAAAAAGAGGCAUACGACAUGUUUAUGCAUGGAUACAAUUCUUACAUGAACUACGCAUUUCCUGCUGAUGAGCUCAUGCCCCUUUCAUGCAAAGGACGGAUCCGAGGUGUGACCCCCAGCCGAGGAGAUGUUGACGAUGUCCUGGGAAACUUUUCGGUGACUUUAUUGGACAGCCUGGAUACCUUGGUUGUAAUGAAUGAGCUUGAUGAGUUUGAAAAAGCUAUAGACUUGGUUAUCAAACAUGUGCGAUUUGAUUCUGAUCACGUUGUCAGUGUUUUUGAAACUAAUAUCAGAGUUCUCGGUGGUUUGAUCUCAGCUCACGUGUUGGCAGAAUUAGUAAAAGAAAAGUACCCAAAUCGGCUGACAACUUAUGAUAAUCAGCUGCUCAAAAUGGCGACUGAAGUUGGAAAUCGACUACUCCCUGCUUUCAAUACAACCAGUGGCUUGCCAUUUAGUAGGAUCAACUUGAAACAUGGUAUGCAAGAUCACUUGAAAAGACAGAAGGAUACAUGUACGGCUUGCGGAGGAACAAUGAUUUUGGAAUUUGCUGCUCUUACAAGUUUGACCGGUGACCCAAUUUAUGAGAAGAAAGCAAGGAAAGCUAUGGACUUCUUAUGGCAACAACGUCACAGAUCUUCUGACCUGAUGGGUACUGUGCUCAAUGUUCAUUCAGGAGAUUGGACACGACGGGAAAGUGGAAUUGGAGCAGGAAUAGAUUCUUAUUACGAGUAUACUCUCAAAGCUUACAUUCUCCUUGGUGAUGAAAGUUAUCUUGACAGAUUCAAUAAGCACUAUGAAGCUAUCAAAAGAUACAUCAACAAGGGUCCAAUAUUUGUCGACGUACACAUGCAUAGGCCAACAGUUGCCACAAGGGGCUUCAUGGACUCUCUUCUCGCUUUUUGGCCCGGCUUACAAGUAUUGAAAGGAGAUGUCAAGGAAGCAAUUGAAAUGCAUGAAAUGCUGUUCCAAGUCAUACAAAAGCACAAGUUCUUGCCUGAGGCUUUCACUCAUGAUUUUCAAGUACACUGGGCUGAACACCCAAUCCGACCUGAAUUUGUAGAAAGUACCUACUUCUUGUAUCGAGCUACCAAGGAUCCCCAUUACUUGCAUGUUGCGAAGCAGAUUAUGGAUAGUAUCAACAAGUAUGUGAAAGUGCCUUGCGGAUUUGCUGCUUUAAAAGAUAUUCGAACUAUGGUCAAAGAAGAUCAAAUGGAAUCGUUCGUACUUUCGGAAACUUUCAAAUAUCUCUACAUGAUCUUCACUGAUCCUGAAGAUCUAAUGUUUGAUCCCGAUCACUACGUACUUACCACAGAGGCUCACUUCUUGCCUUUAAGCAUUGGACACAAGGAGAAAAUAGAAAAUAAAAUAAACCCACGUCGAAUGAUAUUGCGAGCGGACGAGCCACAGCAGAAAAACUACGUGUGUGCAAACCCAAUCGAUUUCACGAAGUUACCCACUGAACGGGAAGAAGCCCAAUUGAUAAGAGAAAGGACGAAAAUUAUGUUGGGAGAGCUUAGAAAUGGGGCGAGUGCAGGUGGUGCAGCACCGGGCAACAUGAUAUGUGAAUCUCCGGCCGACAGAAUUCGAGCAUGGGCGUUUUCGUCAAGUAACCAAGAACACGUCAAACAAUUGGUUAUGAUGGGGAUUGAACUCAUUACCUUGAGUGAUGGCCGUUUGCAUUUAAGCCAUAAAUCAGUAAACGCAGCUUCACCACUUUAUGCAAGAUGGGGAAUGGAAUUUAUGGAGGAAAUGCAGCACUAUGUCGAACAACUCGAUAAAUCUGGUGGUACUCCUGAGCACACUCAACAGUUCGUGCAAAUCCUUAACCGUCCUUAUUACGGAAAACCAUACCUACGCGGAUCUGCUGCUCAAUUUGGACGAGACAUUGCAGCAACAAAAGCCCUUGUUGGACGUGCGGCCAAGACAAUUCCAUUCCGAGCAUGUGACAAAAUUUUGAACGCCGACCAGGUAGUUGGAAAAAUUGCAGUUGUCGAAAGGUCGGAUUGCGUUUUCCAAGAUAAAGCUAGAUUUGUGCAACAAGCUGGAGCUAUAGGAAUGGUUGUGAUUGAUCACGAAUCAAAUUCACAAUACGUUGGCGAUCGGCCAACUUUCUCUAUGGCAGUUGACAAGGAUGGAAAAGAUGAUAUUGGAAUCCCAUCCAUAUUUUUGUUCCGUGCUGAAGGGGACCACUUGUUACGUUCUUUGAAAAUGCAUUCCGAAACGGUCAUUUCGAUAUCAUCUCAUCACCUCUCGAUUGAAAACACAAUUGGUCGGCUUUUGCGAUAUGGCAAAAUGUUCAAGUUUCCUGAAUACCCACAAUGUUCACUCAGAGACGGUGAUAUUAUAUUGCACAAUUUGGAUUAUCCUGAAGUUAUUCUCAAUCUGCGUUUCAAUGGUAUUAAUCAAGAUAGUGAUCCAAGACUACAUCAAGAAAUUGUUGAGCGUCACGUCACAGAACUACAAAAAUAUCUAGAGUUCAAGGAUGCUGACUAUGCGUUCCAGUUUUAUGAGUUCUUCCGUACGGCAGCAUAUGGAGCACUUGAUUUGAAUGUGGAAAAUAGUAAGCUGCUCACAGUAAUUUCUGCACUGAGUACGUUAAAAACAAAACCAAUUCCACCAUCAGUUUUUGCGAGACUUCCCGGAGAGAUUACAAAGGUCCGUUGUAUUCCCAGAGGAGAAGAAAUGCCGUGUGUUCGACUAUCUACAUAAGUCUUAAACAAUGUUUUUGCAAACAAAAACAAGCCAGUUUUCCAAAUUUUAAAAUUCCAAAAAAAAUCACAAGCCAUACAUGUUCCGUUUCUAAACUUGGGUUAAUUGUCUGUUUCUUUCAAAAAUUCAUAUACAUAUAACAUUUGAUAAUCUAUUCAAAAGCAACAUUCAUGCCUUUAGCAAUUUCCUGUAAGGUGAUAAAAUGCGGGUUAAAAAUUUGUUUCCUUUUUUCUUCUGUUGUUUAUAUAUUUACUUUGUUCACCGUUUCAUCGUAAGCCCACUGACGACUUCUUCAACUUCCUCCAAGCAAAUGUGUAUUUAAAUCAACAAAAUGUGUGUAGAAUUUACUUGUAAAUGUUUACUUUUCAAUGGUUCACCGGAUGCAAUUUUUCAAUGUCAUUUUCCAUCACAAUAAAGAUUUUCUGUUACUU